AUGGACAACAACUACCUCUCCCGCAUCCGUUCCCGCCAAGAGAUAAUCUCCCUCAACGCCUCCGAAGUCAUCGGCGUUCUCCCCGAAGGCCACGCCGCCGUCAAGGAGCUGUACACCUACCUCCUAGGCGAAUACCUCCCCGUCCGCUAUCCAACCAUGUUCCGCAUCGUUUCUUCUGUCCCCGGUAGCCCCAACACAACUUUCCAAAACCUCGUCACCAACUCUUCCUUCCCCCUCUCCCCGCCUCCCUCCGACCCCCUCGACUGUUUGAGGGUAAUAGCCCAAACGGUAGAAGACGAUUUCUACCUCUUGCUCCCCUUCCCCAAACCCAACUCCCCCAGCGAGAUUGAGCACAAAAGCGUCGCCUUCCUAAACCUCCACCCCGCCGGCUUUUCUCCCUCCUCCAAACUCGGCAUCCCCCUGUCUCAAAUCCACGCCCCCGUGCCCUCCUACGAAAAAAUCGGUCCAUCGAUGGAACGUUUCUUUUCCCGCUUGGCGACCGAUAAACUCGUCAAGAGGAUGAAUUGGGGUAUCCAGUUAUAUCCUGACCUCUACACACCGUCAGGGAACCAUGUGCAUCAGGACGACCUGGACUCGCUAGAGGAGGUCAAAGAGUUUGGGGAUGAAGAAGCGGAGAAGGCGAGAUUGAGGGUUGAAUUGCAGGGUGUUUGGAGACUGAGGAAGACGGGAGCGGUGGUUUUUGGGUUUAAGACUUAUAUGUAUGGGUUGAGGGAGGUGAAGGAGGAGGUUCUGGAAAUGGAUGAUGGGGGGAUGAUGAAGACGGGCGAGGCAUUGGCGCAGGCGAUUGAGGGAUUGGGGGAGGGGAAUGCGCCGGGGAUGUGGACGUAUAAGGGGGCGGUGAGAUGGGGAGGGGCGGUGAGUAGGUGGUUGAGGAGUUGA